UCACAGGGCUGGCCAAUGGUGAGAUGGGGGACUGCCUGUCCCCAUGAGUACCAUACUUACUCAUAAGGCCAGGCCACUUUCUCCUCAUUUUCAUCUAUACAGUAACCAGUAGAUCUAACUACACCAGAAGGGCUCAGGAUGCUGCUGCUGCUGCAAGUUGCCCUGCUGCUUUUAGCCCUGCCCAGCCAUGCCGAGAUUACAACUGAAGAAGUCGUGAUCCCUCCACCCAAGGAGACUUGUGCAGGUUGGAUGGCAGGCAUCCCAGGACAUCCUGGCCACAAUGGGACACCCGGUCGUGAUGGCAGAGAUGGCGCUGCUGGCGAGAAGGGCGAGAAAGGAGAUGCAGGUCUUCUUGGUCCCAAGGGUGAGACAGGAGAUGCUGGAGUGACCGGAGCUGAAGGGCCCCGAGGCUUUCCCGGAAUCCCUGGUAGGAAAGGAGAGCCGGGAGAAAGCGCUUAUGUGUAUCGCUCAGCAUUCAGCGUGGGGCUGGAGACCAGAGUCACCGUCCCCAGCGUUCCCAUCAUCUUUACUAAGAUCUUCUACAACCAACAGAAUCACUAUGAUGCCAGCACUGGAAAAUUCUACUGCAAUAUCCCAGGGGUCUACUACUUCUCCUACCAUAUCACAGUGUACUUGAAGGAUGUGAAGGUGAGCCUCUUCAAGAAGGACAAGCCUGUUCUCUUCACCUUCGACCAGUAUCAGGAAAAGAACGUGGACCAAGCCUCUGGCUCUGUGCUGCUCCAUCUGGAGGUGGGCGACCAAGUCUGGCUCCAGGUGUAUGGGGAGGGGCAGGGGGAUUACAGUGGACUCUAUGCAGAUAACGUCAAUGACAGCACCUUCACAGGCUUCCUUCUGUACCACGACACCAACUGAUUGCAGCUAACUCAGAGCUCUCCAUAGGCUAAGCACCCCAAGAAUCAAAUAGCAAUCAACAAGCUUCCAGCACAGCUAGAAAGAUUGAUUUUUAUUGUUUUGUGUGAGGAUUCUGGAUAUUAUCCACACAUGUACUCGUUCAUUCAUGAAACAGCUUUAUGAAAAAAAAUCAUUUCUGUGUUCUUAGUGCAGAAAAAGAAGCAUUCCCUGGUCUCCACAACUCUUACAUAGUAGCAAUAAUAGAAUGAAAAUAACAUUUGAGGGGGGGCAUUCACAAUGCUGUCAUGACUUAAGGAAGUAGAGAAUGCUAUUUUGUGUUCACUGUCUCUCUUGAUGAUCACACAAAUCAAAGACAUGUAUGAAAUACAACAUCUCUUUUUACAGUUGGUCUUUAGGCUGAGUUUAGGAAUGUCUAAAGUCCUAAAUGUAUUAAGAUGGCAGACGUAAACGUGAAGGCCAGAGCAUGGUCUAUUUCCAUGGAAAGUACAGGUUCAAAGGGCCAGCCAAAGAAACACAACCUGGCCUUGAAACCAGAGCCAAAAGGUUACAAAGGCUGGUGAAAGAAACACACUUUGGCCCUGACCAACUCAGUAUGAAACCAAUCAAUCCUGAACAGAAAAACCAACCAGUCCCUGAGCAUGAAAUCCAGCCCAUCUCUGAGCUUGUCCCAGCUCAGAGAUUGAAAUCCGACCAAUUCCCAUCCUGGAAAUCUUCACUCUGGAAAAACCCCGCCUCCUAAGAAGCCCUAUAUAAGCCCCGUGCCUGUUCAGUUGGGAGCUGCCUUUUUCCACCCUGUCAGAGGCAACCACCCUCCUGACGUCCUCCCUCCCAAUAAGUCUCUUGAAUGAGGUUUGGGUCAAGAGUAGAGCAGGGCAGAGAAGUAACAACCUUCUCAGAAGCUGGAGCAGAGUGGAGUGGAGCAGACCUGUGUAUGUGACACUUUCGCUUGUUUAGAGUGUUGGUAGAGGUCCCUUGGCCACUUCAUUCUGAGGGUCUCAUUUUACAUCCACCAAGACUUCUCCCCAGUAGAGCUCUCUCGGGGAAGGUGGUCCUGUGUCCAGGUCCUCUUCCGGUUGGUCCGACACUCAUUGGGUCCUUCCGUCUCUGCACAUCUGCUUCUAUGUGUCUGUGCUCAUGCCCUCCCUUCCACCUCCGCAAGUGGGUUGUUCCCUGUCCCUCAGGGCCACCCAGAUAGGAGCUUUUCUGAUGUGAUCUCAUUCCAAUUCCCUCUGUGCUUUUCCCACAGAUGAAAAUCUGCAUGUGAGACAUUUCUCCUUAGAUUAGGAACAAUUGCCUGUUAGGUUGACCUUCCUCCCCCUCUGAAUCCUCUGAAGACCCUUGACAAUUGGUCAAAAAAAAAGAGCUGUCUCCUGAAUCCCAUUAGAUCCAUAAUUUACUUCAGUUCAGAGCAGGAAAACCAACCAAUUCCAGAGCAUGAAAUCCAGUCAUAGGCGCUCCUGAAUUGAGUCUUGCUUUCCAAGACUUACAGGUAGAAAGGCUGGAGAGACAGCUUUGUGCUUACAAACACUUGCUGUUCUCAUAGAGGACCUGGGUUCUGAGGCCAUCAGCCACACUGGACAGCUCACGGCUACCUAUAACUUCAGUUCCAGGGGAUCCCCUGUCCUUUUCUGGUUUCUGCAGACACUGCAUGCACAUGGUACUCUUGAAUAUACUCAGGCACACAUAUGUCCACAUAAACAAACAAUAAGACUUCAAAUACAGGUGGUUCUCUAUAAGAGGCAAAGUCCUUUGCUAACUCCACCAUAGGAGCUGGUUAAAUACACUUGGCGCAAGAACUUGGUUAAUGCUGAUCUUUGGAGGACCACCUUUACACAUACUGCCUGGCUCUCAGUGUGUGUUAAGGAUGUGGGUAGGCCUCUCUGGUUUCCCCAUCCUUUGUUCCUUUUGUCUGUGAGCAGUGGGCAUGUGCAGCCCUGGGGCAGCCAUGUCUGACUGAAUUAAUGGUGGUACUUGGAAUCAACCGAGAGCUUUCCCACACUAGUCAAGUGCUCACCACUGAGCUGCAGCUCAAGCCCUGACUUUGAAUAUUUUAAAACUGAUCCUUAAGCCAAGAGAUGUUUGGAGAUUGAAAAUACAAAGUGAUGACUUUAAAUGAUCUAGUUUACAUAUAUUAAUAGAAGUCUUGCAGGGAGGUGGUGGCAGAUACCUUUAAUCCCAGCACUUGGGAGGCAGAGGCAAGCGGAUCUCUGUGAGUUCAAGGCCAGCCUGGCCUAUAGAGUGAGUGCCAGGACAGGUUCCAAAGUUGCACAGAGAAACCCUGUCUCAAAAAAGCAAAAUAAAUAAAUAAAUAAGUCUUUUGUAUAAAUUAUAAGAGCUUCAAGGGGCUCACAGUGGUAAACUUCCCCUUAGGAGAAAACUGACUGAAUGGAAUACUUUAAAGAUUUAGAAAAAGAGUAAAUGACUGUGCAAAUGUUGCUUUGUUUAUGCUCUGGAUGAUCCCCUAUGGUAAGGAUGCUGGAGGCUUUGUCUUUCAAAGUGUUUGCUUAUUGUUAUUUUCUACAAAUAAAGAUCCACUCCAACAUUACAAGUACAACUA